CGCACGGAGUCAAGUGGACCAGCCCGGCUCGCCCCGCCCCGCCCCCUCCCCGCGCAGGCGGGGACUGGUCCCGCCGAGCCCGGUGGCGGGAAAGGCCGCGGCGCCGCUCUCCUGAGGGCCGCCGGUUCCGCGGGGCUCCUGAGGACCCGCGGGGAGCGGGCCUCACCAUUCUGUCUCCUCUGUCUCCACCCUCCUUUACCUCUCUGUUGGCUGGUCCACUGAUGUAUGGACUUGUACAUGAUGAACUGUGAACUUCUAGCCACAUGCAGUGCCCUUGGGUACUUGGAGGGAGACACUUAUCACAAAGAACCAGAUUGCUUAGAGAGUGUGAAGGAUUUGAUCCGUUACUUGAGGCAUGAGGAUGAGACACGCGAUGUGCGGCAGCAGUUGGGGGCAGCCCAGAUUCUGCAGAGUGACCUCCUACCCAUCCUUACCCAGCACCGCCAGGACAAGCCUCUAUUUGAUGCUGUCAUCAGACUGAUGGUGAACUUGACACAACCAGCCUUGCUCUGUUUUGGCAGUGUGCCUAAGGAGCCCAGCCUAGGGCACCAUUUUCUGCAGGUGCUAACUUAUUUGCAGGCCUACAAAGAGGCCUUUGCCAGUGAGAAGGCAUUUGGAGUCCUCAGUGAAACCUUGUAUGAGCUGCUACAGCUGGGCUGGGAGGAACGGCAGGAGGAAGACAACUUGCUGAUUGAGCGGAUCCUACUCCUGGUCAGAAAUAUUCUCCAUGUCCCAGCUGACCUUGAUCAGGAGAAGAAGAUUGAUGAUGACGCCAGCGUCCAUGACCAGCUUCUCUGGGCCAUUCACCUCAGUGGCCUGGACGACCUGCUCCUUUUCCUGGCCAGCUCACCGGCUGAGCAGCAGUGGAGCCUCCACGUGCUUGAGAUUGUCUCCCUCAUGUUUCGUGACCAGAAUCCUGAGCAGCUGGCAGGAGCAGGACAGGGACGUUUAGCUCAGGAGCGGAGCACAGAUGUGGCAGAACUGGAGGUGUUGCGCCAGCGAGAGAUGGCAGAAAAGAAGACCCGAGCCCUCCAGCGAGGCAACAGGCAUUCUCGAUUUGGGGGCUCCUACAUUGUCCAGGGGUUGAAAUCCAUUGGGGAGAGGGACCUCGUCUUUCACAAAGGUCUUCACAAUCUUCGAAACUACAGUUCAGAUUUGGGAAAGCAGCCCCGGAGGGUGCCUAAACGUCGCCAGGCUGCCCGGGAACUGUCCACUCAGCGCCGCUCUGCCCUCAAUGUGAGGCUCUUCCUCAGAGACUUCUGCUCUGAGUUCCUGGAGAACUGUUAUAAUCGGCUCAUGGGAUCAGUAAAGGAUCACCUGCUUCGGGAGAAAGCUCAGCAGCAUGACGAGACCUACUAUAUGUGGGCCUUGGCUUUCUUCAUGGCCUUCAACCGAGCUGCAUCCUUCCAGCCAGCCUUGGUUUCUGAGACCCUCAGUGUUCGUACCUUCCACUUCAUUGAGCAGAACCUCACCAACUACUAUGAGAUGAUGCUGACUGACCGCAAGGAGGCUGCCUCCUGGGCACGCCGGAUGCACCUGGCCCUAAAGGCCUACCAAGAGCUGCUGGCCACAGUGAAUGAGAUGGACAUGUCUCCGGAUGAGGCUGUGAGGGAGAGCAGCCGCAUCAUCAAGAACAAUAUUUUCUAUGUGAUGGAGUACCGAGAACUAUUCCUGACACUGUUUCGAAAGUUUGAUGAGAGAUGCCAGCCUCGCUCUUUCCUUCGUGACUUGGUGGAAACCACCCACCUCUUCCUCAAGAUGUUGGAGCGGUUCUGUCGCAGCCGUGGGAACCUGAUGGUGCAGAACAAACGAAAGAAGAGAAAGAAGAAGAAAAAAGUCCUAGACCAGGCUAUUGCUUCUGGUAAUGUCCCACAUAGCCCAGGAGAACUGGAGGCUGUGUGGCCAGCCCUGGCUGAGCAGCUACAGUGCUGUGCCCAGGAUCCUGAGCUCAGCGUAGACUCCAUGGUUCCCUUUGAUGCGGCCUCAGAAGUGCCAGUGGAAGAGCAGCGGGCAGAAGCCAUGGUGCGGAUCCAAGACUGUCUCCUGGCUGGCCAGGCCCCACAGGCCCUGACCCUCCUGCGGUCUGCCCGGGAGGUAUGGCCAGAAGGAGAUGUUUUUGGCUCUCAAGACAUUUCCCCAGAGGAAGAGAUCCAGUUGCUGAAACAAAUCCUCUCUGCUCCGCUUCCCCUCAUCCUCACUCUGUCUAUAGGGCAGGAGGGGCAAGAGGAACAAGGAGCAGAGGAGGAAGAGGAAGAAGAUGAGGAGGAGGAGGAGUUGCAAGUGGUCCAGGUGUCGGAGAAAGAAUUUAAUUUCCUGGACUACCUGAAACGCUUCGCAUGCUCAACUGUUGUCAGAGCCUAUGUGGGGCUGCUGCGGAGCUACCAGCGGAAUAGCGCUCACACUAACCACUGUGUUGUCAAGAUGCUGCACCGCCUGGCCCAUGACCUCAAAAUGGAAGCCUUACUUUUCCAGCUCUCAGUUUUCUGCAUCUUCAAUAGGCUGCUUAGUGACCCUGCUGCUGGUGCCUACAAAGAGCUAGUGACGUUUGCCAAAUACAUCCUGGGCAAGUUCUUUGUGCUGGCCGCAGUCAACCAAAAAGCCUUUGUGGAGCUGCUGUUCUGGAAGAACACGACUGUGGUUCGAGAGAUGACCGAAGGCUAUGGCUCCCUGGAUGGCGGGUCUUCCAGUCGCAGAGCCCCUACGUGGAGCCCAGAGGAGGAGGCUCAUCUUCGGGAACUGUACCUGGCCCAUAAGGACGUGGAAGGUCAGGAUGUGGUGGAUGUCAUUUUGGCACACUUGAAUUCUGCUUCUCGAACACGCAAGCAGAUCAUCCACCAUCUGGUACGGCUGGGACUGGCUGACAGUGUCAAGGACUUCCAAAGGAAAGGAACCCGUAUUGUACUGUGGACGGAAGAUCAGGAGCUGGAGCUGCAGCGGCUUUUUGAGGAGUUCCAGGACUCAGAUGAUGUCCUAAGCAAUAUUAUGAAGAAUAUCACAGCCAAACGCUCACGGGCCCGAAUAGUGGAUAAACUGUUGGCUCUGGGGCUGGUGGCUGAGCGGCGGGAGCUCUACAAGAAACGACGGAAGAAGUUGGCACCCUCCAGCUUGUCCAAUGGAGAGGAAUCCCUGAAAGAUGUUUCCCAGGGUAAUCUAGAAGAAGAGGAACACCUGCCAGAGGAAGAGAGUGACGAGGAUGAAGAGAAAGGGCAGGGGUCAGAAGCAGAACAAGUCCAAGGUAGCUCAUUCCUUUCAACUGAAAACCUUGGUCAAAGCCUGCAUCAGGAAGGCUUUUCUGCUCCCCUCCUGUGGCUUCAGAACUGCCUGAUUCGAGUAGCAAAUGAUCGGGAAGAGGACGGUGAGUGGACAGUUAAUGAUUUUAGGAGGACUGGAGUAUUAGAGGCCGUUGGAGACCUGGUCAAGGGAUGGAGGACCAGUUCUUUCUUCACAUCUUUACUGUAUGGCUAUUGCCCUGUCCUAGGCUGCUCUCAGGCAGUUCCAUUGGUGCCACUGACAGAGGAAAAUGAGGAAGCAAUGGAAAACAAACAGUUUCAGCAGCUGUUGUGCAAGCUAGGGAUUCGGCCCCCUGCCUCUGAGCAGGAAACUUUCUGGCGAAUUCCAGCCAAGCUGAGUCCCACCCAGCUCCGGAGGGUAGCAGCUUCUUUGAGUCAAGCAGAGGAGGAGAAAAAGCUGCAGCCAGAGCUAGAACCUAAGGUCCCUGGAGAGCAAGGCCCCAAUGAGGAGCACUGUAAAGAGCACCGAGCCCAAGCCCUGAAGGCUCUCUUGUCAGCCCGUAAAAAGAAAGCAGGCUUGGCGUCCUCGGAGGAGGAGGAAACUCCUGGUGGGAACGAGCAGCUGAAGGUAGCACCCAAAAAGCGACAACUGCUGGACAGUGAUGAGGAACAGGAAGAAGAUGAGGGUAGAAACAGAGCUCCAGGAAUCCAAAAGAAGAAACGGUUUCAGAUUGAAGAUGAAGAUGAGAAUGACUGAAGAACCAGAAGCCUAGGGGCAGAGAUAGACCCAUUUGUAGAUGGUGAAUUUAAGUCAGAGUUGGAAGUGUCAUACAGGAUGCAGAAAUUCCUCUUACUGGACAGAAGCAGCAGAGUCCUGGGUUUUGCCAUGGAUUUAGGGCCAAGAAAUUUCAGCAACAGUGUUGGCCCCCUCUGCUGUCAGCCUAUGCUUCUCCUAGUUUUAUCAGUAUGCUCCAGCAGCUCUCUGGAGAUUUACUCCUCCUCUUCUAGAAACCGUUUCUGUUGGUAAUUAGAGCCCCAUGACAAAUGAGAGGAGCGAGUGAAAUAUAGAAAACAUCCUGAACCCCUUUGACUGAUCUGUUAUUGUUGGCCUUCUCUUGGAGGUGGGUCAUAGCACCAGAUGGGGAGCUUUAUGACAUGAUGGAUGGGCGUUUGGUACCACUUUUAGAAGGUACCAGACACUGUCCUCAUUUUCUUUCCUAUGAUCAUCCCCUAGAUACCAGAUUAAGACCAGUUCCUGCAGUUGAGGCAGGGUUGGAAUAUAGUACUCCCUAGAUAAUUAAUAUUUGGUUUGUGUUUGGUAUUCAAUUAAACACAUAAAAUUAAAAGUU